GUGACGUAAAUGCGUUGUCUUGUGUAAAUUAUUUUUUAUAAAACACCAGGCAGAAACAUUCAUACAGCGACGAAGGGCGGCUUUUUUUUAUCAAGGUUAUCAAGGAAGGAUCCUAAAAUGUUGUCUUCAAUUGUUGCAAAAAGAUUGGUAACAGGAAUGUGCCAGGCAGUUUGGAGACCAGCCUUCACAGUAUCAUCUCGAGGUUACAAAGGAGAGGCUCCUGACGACAACAAAGCUGACCUAAUAGAGAUCUCUCUGCCACCCUGGGUGGAGAAAACAGAUGAGCCCGUUGACAUCAAGAGACGACGGCUUCUUUAUGAGAGUCGCAAGAGGGGGAUGUUGGAGAACUGUAUACUGCUCAGCCUUUUUGCAAAGCGGUACCUGAACACAAUGACUGACAGCCAGUUGCAGCAGUAUGACAGAUUGAUUAAUGAACCGAGCAAUGACUGGGACAUCUACUACUGGGCCACAGAAGCCCAGCCGACACCUGAAGUGUACCAAGGGGAAGUUAUGGAAAUGUUGAAAGAAUUCACAAAAAACAAAAACCAUGAACAGAGAUUGGAUGCACCCAGCUUGGAGUACCUGGAAAAAGAAACCCAGUGAGAUGAUCGUCAGCAGAAGAUCAAUUGAAGAUGAGAUGAACAUCUGCAAGACGGAGGAUUCUCCUCAUCAGCAAAAUGAAAUGGAUCUGAAUAUCUGUAUUAUAAGUAUGAUUUUUUUAAGUGUAUAUUUAAGCUGCUUUUUGUGUGAGAUACCCAUUAAAAAUACAAAAUAUACAUAAUUA